GGCGCCAAAACUUGAUAGUUGUCUGAGGAGAGAGCGAGAGUCCCGGCGCCGUUGGCGGAGUGCUCUUAGUGAUUGACUGGGAAGAUGGCGGUUCCAUUUGUGGAGGAUUGGGAUCUGGUGCAGACGUUAGGUGAAGGAGCAUAUGGCGAGGUGCAAUUGGCUGUGAAUCGGCGUACAGAGGAGGCAGUUGCAGUGAAGAAAGUGGACACUGCACGGGCUCUCGACUGUCCUGAGAACAUCAAAAAGGAAAUCUGCAUCAAUAAGAUGUUGAACCACCCAAACAUUGUUCGUUUUUAUGGACAUCGGCGUGAGGCCAACAUCCAAUACUUGUUUCUGGAGUAUUGUAGUGGAGGCGAACUCUUUGAUAGAAUAGAACCUGACGUGGGGAUGCCUGAAGUGGAUGCCCAUAGGUUUUUCCAGCAGCUGAUAGCGGGAGUGGAAUACCUCCAUGGUAUUGGAAUUACACACAGGGACAUCAAGCCAGAGAACCUGCUGCUCGAUGACAGAGAUAACCUGAAGCUCUCUGAUUUUGGCUUGGCGACAGUAUACAGACACAAUAGCCGUGAGAGGUUGCUGAAUAAGAUGUGUGGCACUCUGCCAUAUGUUGCUCCAGAGCUGCUGAGGAGAAAGGAGUUCCGUGCGGAACCUGUGGAUAUCUGGUCGUGUGGAGUUGUUCUUGUUGCAAUGCUGGCUGGAGAGCUCCCUUGGGACCAGCCUGCGGAUAGUUGCCAGGAGUACUGUGAUUGGAAUGAGAAGAAACUAUACCUGACACCAUGGAAAAAGAUCGAUCCCAUUCCACUGAGCCUGCUGAACAAAAUUCUGAUUGAAGUUCCAAAGAACAGAGCCACUAUUACAGACAUUAAAAAGGACAGAUGGUUCAUUAACCAAUUUAAAAGGGGUGUGAAGAGAGCUCGAUUGUCCUCUGGCAGCCCCAACGACUCUCAGGGACCUUUCUCUAAACACAUUCAUUCUAACGUGGAUCUGUCCCCUGUCAGUGGUGUGUCCUGGAGUGAGGACCAAACCAGGUACUCGAGCUCCCAGCCUGAACCUCGGGUUGCUGUGUCAUUAUGGGAUUCCAAUCACUCCAGUAUUGAUAAUCUAGUGCAAGGGAUUAGCUUCUCCCAGCCUACCUGCACAGAUCACAUGCUUGUCGGCAGCCAAUUGCAAAGUACACCUGGAUCAUCACAGAGUCCUUGGCAAAGACUAGUGAAACGAAUGACUCGGUUCUUCACAAAGCUGAAUGCUGAACAGUCCUACCUGGCCCUGAAGGAGGUUUGCGAGAAACUGGGCUACACUUGGAAGAAGAACUGCAACAACCAGGUGACCAUAUCAACAAUGGACAGACGGAACAACAAGUUGAUAUUCAAAGUGAAUCUGAUCGAGAUGAACGAGAGAAUUCUGGUGGAUUUCAGACUGUCCAAGGGAGAUGGUCUAGAAUUCAAAAGGCACUUUGUGGCCAUCAAACACAAACUGAGUGAUAUCAUCUACACUCAGAAAAUCCUCCUGUCUGUCACCUGAUCUUUCUUUCGAGCCCCUACACUACGUCGUAUCUCUGCUGGGACGAGGCUGCUAGAAGGAGUUGUGUGGGAUGACGACUAGGGUACCUUUCUCCACCCAGCUUGUAGACACUGUGAGCUUGUGUGUAUGUUUGAGUGUUGAAAGUUAAUCCCCUACUGUAGUUAACGGAGAGACUUCAAGCAAUAGGUCAUCAACUAAAAUUUCGAUUUUAAAUCCUGAGUCAAUUAAUCCAACUCAGAAAUCUAGUGCUUCUCUCCUCCUGACUCUGUGGCAGAGUCAUUACUUGAAUUUCUGCCAGAGCCACCGGGUACUUCAUUCAUUUGCAUCUUUUUUAAACAAAGUUGGGAUAAGCUUCUGAAAUUUAUAGAACUUUCCUGAUUAUGUGCAACGCUGGUUGAAAUUCAUCUGGUCAUUUGACCAGGUGGAACAUCAGGGUGUCCACAGAUAAAACACAGCCUGUGGAGAAACGCGUGAUUGUUAUCCACUGAAAGGUGAGAAUGAAGGGAACAGUGAAUUCUUCCCAUGGUGGUUCGACCAAAUAUUGCAGCAUCUCCCAAUCUGUGGACCAGUUGGCUCCCAAAACACUCAGGAAAAGUCCUUGCUGUUUUGAAAAAACAGUUUCCUAGUGCAGUCAAGAUGUGUUUUACAUACAAGAUGAGGUUUUUUUUUAAGAGUCCAGGACCUGUAGGUUGAGAAAGAUGUCAGACUGUUUUGGUUGGGUUUCACUUUUAAUGCCAGUAUUGUACACACAACAUACCCAACUGUGAAUUCUGAGUGUUUGAUUAAAAAUGCAGAGAUCGGUGAAGGAUUAAAAUUCAAUGGGAAUUUGCGACUUGCCAGUCGGGCUCUAUAGGAGCCACUCUGCUGUUAGGGUUAUAGGAUGCACAAUCAUAGAUUUGAUGUUUAGUUUAACUAUUCAAACUUGAACCUUUUAUAAACUGCGCAAUAUUGUUUUUUUCAAAUUAUAUGUAAAAGGACUGUGUAUGUGUGUGUGUGGAGCACUGCACCUAAACAUCACUAGAAUGCUUAUCUGUACAGUCAGAUCAACAUAUCUCAUGAUGAAGGUGCUGGCAGGAGGUGUAGCUUUUUGAAUACCCCAUUCCACAUCCAAUGAUCCAGUCUCAUGCCAUGGAUUAGCAGAAAAUUCUGCCAAUUCUCUUCACUGGUGAAUCAGAUGCAUAAUGACACACUCUCUGGUCUUUUUAAAAUAUUUAGCUUGAAUGGGAUCACUAGACUAGGUAUUGUGUACUCUGAAUCUGCUGUUACAGAAUAAAAUACCUUAUGGUAAAUCAUUCACAAUUUUACAAAACAAAAUUAGCACUUUCAGGAUUAAGUUAGAUUUAAGGGGGCAGAAGGAUUCAGCUAUGAUCAGGUUCACAAAUUAACACAAGUAAUUUUUUCUGUAUUUGCUCUAUUUCCACCCUAGACUAAAUUUUUACAUAUGCUUUGAAACUGGCUUUAAUGCAUUGGGGCAACAGUCAUUGCAGCUUCUAUUCCCAUGCAGGGACACAGGAGUUGAUGUCCGCGCUCUUUGGCCCCAAUAUCUUCCUGCUUAUUAAAACAUUAUAACAUUGUCAGUUGAAGGCCACAGUUUUGCUACAAUAGAAUCCACCAGUCAAGUGGCAAUCUGUCACUUAGCAAAGGGCCAUGGUUUCAUAAUUUAAGGAUGGGGCACUUAAUACAUAAACAUCAUAAAUGAUAAAUGAUAUUUUUUUUGGAAUCAAAAAAAAAUAGAUGAUCUCAGUUUGCGUGCUGUGAAUAGAACCUGAUUUCAUUUCUGCUGCUUUCUGCGAAGUGGGAAAUAUGGCAGACACUUUUAGCUGUUGCAGUGUAACUCUCACUUGCUUAAAUUGGUUCUGCCUGAUGCCAUGCUAGCUCAAUGUUUCUCUUUGAUUUAAAAUAAAUAGGCCGCACAAAAUAACUAACCGUCAACUGUUUAAAUAAUCCAGCCUGUGUCUUUCUAAUUUCCUGUUUGUGUUUGUAGAUAUAUUUGUGUAUGUAAAAUUCUUAACUGUUCUUUGGUUUUGUAGAGUUUGCAAGAGCUCAGUUUAUUGAGUCUUGGGGAAGCAGUUCUCCUGUAGAAGGGGAACUUUCAGGAUUAGAUAGCAGCAGCUCUUGGCAAGAACUUUCCCACCUGACUGAUAAAGAAAAGUCAAAUGUGAGAGAUGCUAGGAAAUUGGCUAGUGCCUUAGGAGGAAGGGCAGGCUAAUGUUUCAGGAGAGAAGUGACUCCUUUUCUCUUUGAUGUUGUCUGAUCCGUUAUGUAUUUUGAUUGUCAAUUUCCAGUAUGUAUUUAUUUUCUCUACCCUUAAUAUGUUGUCUUUUUUUAGCCUGACCCCUCUCCCCCCCAGACACACACACACACCCUUGCUAAAAGUUAACAUUUUCCCUUUACAAUGCUGCUUUGUUUUAUCUGUAAAUUUCUCUCAGUUUGGUUAGUUUUGCUAACUGGACACUGAGCCUGUGUGCCAAGACUGUUUGUGAGAGGAAGGGGAGUUGGCUGACCCCCACAAGAGGUCUUAACAAAACCUUUUAAAAAUGUAAGGAAAUUUUUGGAUAAUGAAUAAAGGACUUCUGUAUGUG